AUGUUGAAGAGGAAGGACUUACUCAUUGAAAAUUUAAAGAAGAAACUUGCCAGCGAACAACAAAGAAACAGAAGACUGAAACAUAGAAUGAUACAAAAGAAGCAAGCACUGACACCAGAAAGUAAAAUUGUAGAAAUGGCCAACGACCCUAAUCAAAAAGCAGAAUUGAUAAAAAAGCGUUAUUUGGCGAUAUUAUUCAAAGGCAAAUUUUAG